UUACUAGACUGACUCAGAGAGAGACUGUAGCCUCAGAGAGAGAGAGAGAGCUUUACUAGACUGACUCAGAGAGAGACUGUAGCCUCAGUGAGAGAGAACUUUAGCCUCAGUGAGAGAGACUUUAGCCUCAGUGAGAGAGAACUUUAAAGUUAUGGAUUCAGCAGGAACAACAGUUGGUCUACAAUGGAAGUGGCUCCAGUAGUGGUUGAGGAGGUGGUCUGUCUGCACGCAGUAUCCCACCCCCAGUAUGGAUGAUCCUCCUGGGCCACAACCAUCAUACUCCUCCUACCAUCUCACUGGCUCCUGCUCCCAUCUCAUUGGCUCCUCCUCCCAUUUCACUGGCUCCUUCUCCCAUCUCACUGGCUCCUCCUCCCAUCUCACUGGCUCCUCCUCCCAUCUCACUGGCUCCUCCUCCCAUCUCACUGGCUCCUCCUCCCAUCUCACUGGCUCCUCCUCCCAUCUCACUGGCUCCUCCACCACCACCACCUCUCCUUCUCCGCCACCACCAAGUCUCUGAGGCUGAGCAAACCUAGCUGGGCUUCCACCACCCCACCAUCACCUCACCACCCCACCCCACCACCCAGACCCAACCACUCUGCCACCACAGUGGGUCCUCAGACCUAGCCAGCCCACCACCACCCCACCACCCAGACCCAACCACCCUGCCACCACAGUGGGUCCUCAGACCUAGCCACCCCACCCCACCACCCAGACCCCAACCACCCCACCACCACAGUGGGUCCUCAGACCUAGCCAGCCCAGCAUCACCCCACCACCACAGUGGGUCCUCAGACCCAACCACCCUGCCACCACAGUGGGUCCUCAGACCUAGCCAGCCCAGCAUCACCCCACCUCCACAGUGGGUCCUCAGACCUAGCCAGCCCACCAUCACCCCACCACCACAGUGGGUCCUCAGACCUAGCCAGCCCACCAUCACCCCACCACCACAGUGGGUCCUCAGACCUAGCCAGCCCACCAUCACCCCACCACCACAGUGGGUCCUCAGAACCAACCACCCUGCCACCACAGUGGGUCCUCAGACCUAGCCAGCCCACCACCACCCCACCACCCAGACCCCAACCACCCUGCCACCACAGUGCGUCCUCAGACCUAGCCAGCCCACCACCACCCCACCACCCAGACCCCAACCACCCUGCCACCACAGUGGGUCCUCAGACCUAGCCAGCCCAACAUCACCCCACCUCACCCCACCCCACCCCACCACCCAGACCCCAACCACCCCACCACCACAGUGGGUCCUCAGACCUAGCCAGCCCACCACCACCCCACCACCCAGACCCCAACCACCCCACCACCACAGUGGGUCCUCAGACCUAGCCAGCCCAGCAUCACCCCACCACCACAGUGGGUCCUCAGACCUAGCCAGCCCAGCAUCACCCCACCUCUCUGUCACCAUGACACACAUGGACUACGGAUACACCCUGUUGGGUUCCUCGAUGGAGGACUACAGGAAGAGACCUUUGAAUCCACAGGCGGACGACAGCCCCAUGAGCCUGUUUGCCGUGCUGGAGGUGAAACGUGACCCUCUCCAUCUCCACGGACCCUGGCCCCGGUGCACCCUGGGAUGUGGUACGAGCACCCUGACCUGCUUCAGGAAGGUUAAACUGUACAGCUUCCUGUUCGGCCUCGCCGUCAUGUUCCUCAUCGUGGCUUCCUAUAUCCUCACUGGGGACAAGAAGGGCCUCCUCUUGACCCCGUCCCCGUAUCACUUCUCUACGGUGCCGAACUCGGGGUCCGGGACUGGGCCCUACCCCUUUAAUGUGUCUUCUGCCAAGGACUACGCUUCCGUUAAACUGGUGGUGAAGAACAUAGCGUCCAAGGUGGAGUUCAGUACUACCAGACAGCUGCCAGAACGCGAGGCGCUAAUGCACAGUGAGCCACAUAUAAUGGCUGGUGCCAAGGCUGUUGGCAUCCAGGGCCGGUCCUAG